AUGGUGGUGAAUGCCGCUUUGUGGAGCUCCGCCUCCUCCUCCACCUGUCAGAGUUCCUACCGGCUCCGGCAGCUGGGCACUGACGGAGAGCUGCACAGGCACUGGAGAAGGAGCCUGAAGGAGGAUGAAGACGUUCACACAGACUCAGACAUAACCCCAGGCCGCAGAUUUCAGGUCAUCGAGAGCAGAAUCUGUCUCCCAUCAGAGAAACCAAACCAUUCAACAACGUCGAAAGUUGCGUACUUCAAGAGGAAGUAUGCGGAGGAGGAGGAUUUGCACGGAGGCCUACGAGGAUAUUUUCAAAAACACCUGAUCCUGCAGGAGGAACGGAGCUGCAUCCGGAAACUGUCGCUGGAGAAGCUCCGGUUUCUAGAAGACCCGGAGGUCUACCUGAGGCGCUCCGUCCUCAUUAACAAUCUGCUGAGGAAGAUCCACCAUGAAGAGGAGAAGCUGGAAGCAGAGGAGGAAGAGGAGGCAGAGGGAGAGGUAGAGGAGGAAGAAAAAAGGGUUAUUGUUGCUGGUACACAGGGCCAGGGCUGGUUGGAGCACCCUGACAGAAAGAGAGUAAAGGUUCUGGUCACAGACUGCUGCCCCCAGCCAUGUGGCCUGGAGGAGCUGCAGAGCUACAGGCUGGUGCCCUGCUACGCCCCUGCGGGCUGCCUGUACAGCCUCCAAACCUGCCCAGGCCUCCACCCAAACCAGGUGCUGCUGUGCAACGUGGACGACCACGGCUGAGCUGAACUGUGCGUUUUCAGAGCAGUGGUCCCAGAGUCCCUUCACACCUGGUUGCAUUUCAGAGGCAGCCUGAAAACGUGGCCACUCUUUCACUGGAGGCUGCGUGAUCUGCUGCCUGCAGGGUGACACCUCCUCUCCUUUCUGACAGGGAGCAGAACAGUGCAGAGCCUGGAGCUCAAUAACCCAGAGGAUCAACAGGGUAUCAGGCUGAGGUCCAGCUCCAGUUUGUGAAGCUUCUCUGUCACCCUCUUGUGGUUCUGAUUUUUGCUGUUAUUGUUGGUCAUGUGAACCAGGAGCGUCUGUCCUACCGUGAAGCAGCUGCUGCGUUUGCUGUAGGAAAAAUUUCUCUUCAGUUGCGUAAACAUUUGAUUUUGUCACAGUCACUAAACAAUCAGAAAAGACAGCUGUGUUCAAACCCUAAUAUUUAUGAGAGUUUCAUAAGAAUGGGACUAAAAAAAUAUGUAAAGAAGCAAUGAAAGCCUCAUUGUAAUUCAUGAUAAAAAUCAUACAAACACUGCCAAAUUACUUUGAUCUCAUUCAGAAUCAGAUUAUUUCAAAAUGUGUGAGAGUACAUGUCAGUCAUUUCAUGUGAUUUGUGUAGGAGACUCCUUCACACCUCCUGUAGAUGUUUCUGCUUUGCAUUCGGCUCGCUGUUCCAUCCCUGGUGUCUUUGCUUCUCUUUACAUGCAUGGUGUUCAUAAAAAAAACAUACUACAAAUGAAUUCUUCACAGAAAUUUUUGUGAACAAACAUCAGCAAAAUAACUAAAUCUUUGGGAGCAAAACAUCCUUUAAAAUUAGCCUUUUUUCCCCCCAUCUUCUGGUGGGUUUUCUGGUAGCUUUGAUGCGUGUGAUGAUGCUGCACAAAGCUGCUGUCUUUGCUCCGAGUGCACAGCUUCUGUCCAGAACUUUCUCAGAAAAAAGGCAGCUGAAAAAGAAGAGCUUCAUAUUUUAACCUGAAAUUCUAUAUUUUGAUGAAAAUGUCAUAUUUCAGAUGAUAUUUUGAAAAACUUUUUGUCCUCAAAUGAGGUGUGUGAUGUGUUUGUCUGCAGCUUCAGCACCAGCUCUGUUUUUCAAAAUAAAAUUGUUUCAUGAGAACUUAAA